AUGCAUGUUUUAUAUAUAUAUAUAUAUUUUUUUUGGGCAGGUUGGUUUUGUUUUAGGUGUUGUAUAGUAUGCAACAAAGUUUUCUUUGGAUCUGUUAUUAGUAUUAAGUAAGUUCUUAGCUUCUUGAUUGAUCUAUUGGCUCAGGUCCUGUAUUGGGUAUUGUUAAGUUUUUUUCUGGCAAUCUUAUUUUUAGUUAGUUAAUUUGUUGUUAAUAAAUAUGAAUACUCAUACAUUUAGUGAUGAAAUCAACCCAUCAACCUAUGGUGAAAGAAUUACAGUUUUAAGCAUUGAUGGGGGUGGCAUUAGAGGCAUUAUUCCUGGAGUUAUCCUGAGUUUCCUGGAAUCCAAACUACAGGAACUGGAUGGAGAACAUGCAAGAAUUGUAGAUUACUUCGAUGUGAUUGCAGGAACUAGCACAGGAGGUCUAAUAACCACCAUGUUGACUGCUCCUGAUGAAAAUUCGCGUCCUCUCUAUAAAGCCAAAGAUAUAGUUCCUUUCUAUCUCAAGCAUUGCCCUAAAAUAUUUCCUCAGUCUUGGGAUUUGAUUAUGAAAUUUAAAGCUUUAGUGGGUCCAAAGUAUGAUGGCAAAUAUCUACAAAAGAUCAUUCACAAGACUCUGGGAACUCGAAAACUGCAUGAGACUUUAACUCGUGUUGUUAUACCUGCAUUUGACAUUCAAUUACUACAACCUGUUGUCUUUUCAACCUUUGAGGCAGAAAUCGAUGCUUCAAAAGAUCCUUUACUCUCUGAUAUUUGUAUCAGUACUUCCUCAGCUCCAACUUAUUUUCCUGCUUAUUUUUUUCAAAUUAAAGAUUCUGAAGGAAACAGUAGGGAACUCAACCUCAUUGAUGGAGGCAUAACAGCAAAUAACCCUGCAUUGCUGGCUAUGAAACCAACUGGAACUGUGUUCCCGGGCGAUCCAGAGGCGUUGCCGGCACAAGCUCUAGAGUAUGAGAAAUAUCUGGUGAUUUCUCUAGGCACUGGAACUUCAAAAAUGGAGAAAAAGUACAGUGCAAAAAUGGCAAAAAACUGGGGAAUUCUUAAUUGGCUUUAUAAAAAAAGGGAUUCUCCAUUAAUUGACGUCUUCACUCAUUCUAUUAGUGACAUGGUUGACCUUCACAUGUCCUUAAUUUUCAGAUCCAUCAAAUGUGAGCAUAAUUACCUUCGAAUCCAGGAUGACACAUUAAGUGGGGAUACAUCUUCAACUGACAAAGCUACCAAACAGAAUUUAAAGGAGCUUGUAAAGAUUGGUGCAAGGAUUUUGCAGAAACCUGUUUCUAGGGUUAACCUAGACAAUGGCAUUUUUGAACCAGUUGAAAAUGGAGGCACUAAUGAAGAAGCUCUCAUUAGAUUUGCAAAAUCACUAUCAGAAGAGAGAAAACUCCGUAAGAGGAAAUUUCAAAGAACCCAUAAAUAAAGUUUACGUAUUAUAUGAUAAAAAAUAAAAAAUUAUUUAUUUAUUUAAUAAAAUUUCUCAAGAUAACGACUCAACUAAAAGUCUUCCCUCUCUAAAAAUAAAAUAGAAGUCUUUCCAAAAUAAGAUUGUGUUUUAUUUUCAUUAGCUUUUGAUUGUCUGUACCAAAAUUUACAAUAUAGUUCUUCGUCACGGAAUAAAAAGGCAUGAAAAAGACUUCCAUUUUGAUGGAGUCAAAAAAUGUACGAUUACCCAUUAUCAUAUGUAAUGUAAUAUUGACGUUGAUUUA